AUGCCGCAGGUAGUUUCCAAGCAGACCCCGGAGGAGCGGCGCAGGGGUGAACUGGCACUCAGCGAGUUCGCCGACUACGUGGAAAAGGAACAAAAGCGUCGCGCCGAGCUCGCCUCCGUGACCACCGCAGGCGCCCCCAGCGACAACGGACAUGGCACUACCAGUCCAUCAGCUGUGACUGAAGAACAUGCGGAACUUGAUAUCCUCGACCAGCUUGGCCUGAGCGACGUCCCAAGUCCCGCGAAACUCAAGGAUGUCCUUCUAGGAACGGCUCCGACUGAAGACGAGAACAGACUUCAGAUUCUUGCAGGAAUUGUUCAGCGGCGUAUCGAUGAAGGCCAGGGAGAAACAUUAUUUGACCUGGGUCUUGAAGACAAUGGGGAUCCGAUGAACCUUGAGCGAGCCCAGUGGGACACGGCGCUUGGACGUCUUCAGGAAGCCGCAAACACAAUUCCUGCUCAAUGCCGUGUGCUAUUAACCUACAAUGUUGGCGGUGCAGAGGAAGCUCAGACACGCAUCGAGAGAAUGAAGGGGUGCUGUGGAAAAGUGUUGAUCCGUCAGAUUCCGGAUCGACCUGAAGAGGUUAUCGAGACAAGAAUCGCUGUCGUUGGCAACGUCGAUGCCGGAAAGAGUACGCUUCUCGGUGUCUUGGUCAAGGGAAAUCUAGAUGAUGGCCGUGGUAAAGCGCGAGUCAACCUGUUCCGACACAAGCACGAGAUUGAGACUGGCCGGACUAGUUCAGUAGGCAUGGAGAUCAUGGGAUUUGACGCUCGAGGAGAAAUCGUUGGAAGUGAUAAAGGCCGUAAGUUGUCAUGGGAAGAAAUCGGCAAGAAGUCAGCUAAAGUCAUCUCCUUCUCUGACCUUGCGGGUCACGAGCGUUAUCUACGAACUACCGUCUUUGGAAUGUUGAGUAGCAGCCCUAAUUAUUGCUUACUGAUGGUUGCAGCCAACAACGGAUUGGUGGGAAUGAGCAAAGAGCAUCUCGGAAUUGCACUCGCGCUGAAUGUGCCCGUGAUGGUGGUCAUUACCAAGAUUGAUAUAUGUCCUCCACAAAUUCUGCAGCAGACAAUAACCCAGCUCACGCGAAUCCUCAAGUCUCCUGGUGCUAGGAAGAUUCCUAUCUUCAUCAAGGAUAUGGAUGAGACAGUCAACACAGCUACUCAAUUUGUCAGUCAACGUAUCUGCCCUGUCUUCCAGGUGUCCAAUGUCACUGGAGAGGGUCUCGACUUUGUUCGCACAUUUCUCAACAUUCUCCCCCAUCAUGGCCAUUACAAUGCGCAGGCGCCUUUCGAGUUUCUUGUCAACGACCAUUUCUCUGUUCCUUUCGUCGGUACUGUGGUGUCUGGUGUGGUCAAAUCGGGAGUCGUGCAUGCGGGUGACUCGGUACAGAUUGGACCAGACUCUCUUGGCCAGUUCACUUCAACAGUCAUCAAGUCUAUUGAGCGUAAGCGGAUACCUGUCAAUGUAUGCUCUGCUGGACAAUCUGCUUCAUUUGCUCUGAAGCGUGUUCGAAGAAGAGAGGUUCGAAAGGGUAUGGUCGUGAUGGCUAAGCAGGAGAGUGAGCCUCCUAAAGUAUAUCGCGAAUUUGUCGCCGAAGUGCUCAUUCUUUCUCAUGCUACCACUAUCCGUCCCAAAUAUCAGGCCAUGCUUCACGUCGGAGCAGUCAGUCAGACAUGCGCAAUCGUCGACAUUGACCGCGCCUUUAUCCGUACCGGAGACCGAGCACUGGUCGCAUUCCGUUUCAUCCAGCGUCCCGAGUUUCUGUCUAUCGGCGACAGGGUACUGUUCCGUGAAGGCCGCACCAAGGGUCUAGGUAUUGUCAAGAGCGUUGGUUACGAUCCUAAGCACCCUUUGAAUCCGGGAGCUUCUACUGCGACUACUACCAAAACCACUACUGCUACUGCCAAUGAUACCCAGGAGAAAGGCAAGACCGUGGCCGCUAAAAGUGCAUGA